AUGGACCCGUCGAGAGACUCCAUCCUCCAGGGAGCUGUGUCCUUAGGCUACAAUCCCCAUGUCGAAGAGCUCAGGGCCACCGAGUACCCACAGCUUAAAGACAUAACCUACCUCGACCACGCUGGCACCACCCUCUAUGCAACCUCGCUCAUCCACGCCUUCUCCUCCGACCUCUGCUCAAACAUCUACGGCAACCCUCACUCGCCAUCCCCCUCCUCCCAACAGACCACCAAGCGCAUCGACGACAUCCGUCUCCGUGUCCUCCGCCUCUUUAAUGCCGACCCCGAGGAGUUCGACGUCGUCUUCUGCGCCAAUGCCACCACGGGGAUGAAGCUCGUUCUCGAGGCAUUCACAGCGCAGCCGGAGGGCUUUCGGUACCGCUACCACAGCGACGCCCACACAAGCCUCGUUGGGAUCCGGGAGCUUGCAAAAGAAGCAACGUGCUACACCUCGGACGCUGAGGUUGAGCUGUGGCUACGGAGCCCCUGCGAGGAUGAUGGGGUGGGGCUGUUUGGGUGGCCGGCACAGUCGAACUUCACUGGACGAAGACUGCCGCAGGAUUGGGCGGGUAGGGUCAGGAAGGCACAGAGCGGGUGGUACUCGUUGCUGGAUGCGGCGGCGCUGGUGACGACGUCAUUGCUAAAUCUGAGGGAUAGCGAGACGGCGCCGGACUUUACGGUACUAAGCUUUUAUAAGAUGUUUGGCUUCCCGGAUCUAGGGGCGUUGAUUGUACGCAGGGCGUCGGCGGGGAUACUGAAGACGCGGAGGUACUUUGGGGGAGGGACUGUGGAUGCUGUGGUGGGGUGCGGGGGGAGCUUUAAUGCGCGGAAAGAGGACUCGCCGCAUUCGCAUCUCGAGGACGGGACGAGUGCGUUUCACUCGAUACUUGCUCUGGAUGCGGCCAUUACUACGCAUGAGAGAUUAUACGGCGACUAUGGGACUAUCUCGAGACAUGCAUUCUCACUCGUCGCUAUCAUGUACGAUCUUCUCUCUAAUCUCAGGCAUGGGAACGGCCGCAAGCUCUGCCAGAUUUAUAGCUCCAGCGACUACAAAUCCCCCCUAACGCAGGGCCCAAUCAUCGCCUUCAACAUGCAGCGCGCAGACGGCACCUGGGUGGGCUAUGCCGAGGUCGAAAAGCUCGCCAGUGUCAAGAACAUCCACCUUCGCACCGGCGGCCUCUGCAACCCCGGCGGCAUCGAGCAGCACGUCGGCCUCGCAGCCUGGGAAAUCGAGCAAAACUAUCUAUCCGGUCACCGCUGCUGGGACGACCAAGACGUCAUGCGCGGCAAGCCCACCGGCGCAAUCCGCAUCUCCCUCGGCGCCAUGAGCACCGUCAAUGAUCUUCUCGUCUUCCUCCGUUUCCUCGAGGAGUUCUACGUCGACCACACAACCCCUACCCCCGCCGUCGCCCGCCAGCCAUCAGCGUCAGCAGCUCUCACUGUUGAAAACCUCACAAUCUACCCCAUAAAAUCCUGCGGUGGCUACUCCAUCCCCGCCUCACAACCCUGGGAGCUGCGCCCUCACGGCCUCGCCUGGGACCGUGAAUGGUGCCUUGUCCACCUCGGCACCGGCGCCGCAAUCGACCAGAAGCGCUACCCCCGCAUGGCGCUCAUCCGCCCUUCAGUCGACCUCAAAACCGGCAUGCUGCACAUCACCAUCCACAACCAUACCGCCCCUCCUCCUCCCCGCAGCUCUCAAUCCCGCUCUCAUGCACCCCGAGGAGCUUCACACCCUGCAUCCCAGCCCUUCCCGCGUCUGCGCGGCCAGCGCCACUUCAAGCCGCACCUUGGAGGUGCAGCCAAGGCCGAAGCCGGCGGCGAGGCUCCCAUUGGGCUGUCGAACGAGAGCCCCAUCCUACUGGUGCACCGCGCAAGUGUUGAUGCGCUCAACGCCGCCAUCCUGUGUACCGGCGGGAAGGCCGCGCGGGCCGAUGUGUUCCGCGCAAACAUUGUGGUUCGCGGUGGCGCGGGUGCGUAUGCCGAGGACCGCUGGGCGCAUGUUAAGGUCGGCGGCGAGUUUUUCGAGGUGCUGGGGGCGUGUCGGAGGUGCCAUAUGGUGUGUGUGGACCAGGAGACGGCCGUGAAGAAUGAGGAGCCUUAUGUGACGCUUGCAAAGAGUCGCAGGGUAGGCGGGCGGGUGGUCUUUGGAGUACAUAUGAAGCAUUUGGCCGUCGAAGGGAAGGCGGGAGGGGUGGGCUUGGUGAGGGUGGGGGAGGCGGUGAAGGUGUGGGAAGGGGGUGAGUGA